CUUAGCUAUGCGCCCCUACAGGUAGACGAGAUCAUCGCAUCCGUGGGGGACGACGGCGCGGGCGCAACCGCCGUGUUCCUUGGCACAACCAGGAACUCGUUCAAGGGAAAAGUUGUGACGAGACUGGAAUACCAGGCAUACAGCAAACUCGCCCUCAAGACGAUGCAAGCCAUCCUCACUGUGGCGCAUCAAAGCUUACCGCAGCUCUCCUCACAUCAACAUCAGCCCUCCUCUAUCCAGGGCUCAGCUUCGGCUCUGGCAUCCGCUCAAUCUUCUCGGUUAAUCAGAACUGCCCUAUAUCACCGCCUGGGCCCUGUCCCGGUUGGCGAACUAUCGAUUGUGAUCGCUGUGUCGUCUCCGCAUCGACGCGAGGCGUUCCUAGCAUGCGAAUAUAUCCUCGAGGAAGUUAAGAAGAAAGCGCAGAUAUGGAAGCGGGAGUUUUACGAAGGCGAA